GCGGCCACCUGAAUAAUGACUCUCAAUCAAUCCAAAACCACCUUUCACUUCAACACGCUGAGCGUUCAACUGUUAAUGUUUUGUUUGCUUUCAUUCAUACCAAAUCUAGAAUGUUGUUCUCAAAGUCUGCUCAUCUGACGCUGAGUCUCUUGGCCGUCAGCAUUACUGCCAGCCCUCUCUCAAGCACAAAUACCCUCGAGAGACGCGAUCCGCAAAACGGCCCUCCCCGUUUCUCGUGCAGCUGCGUCAAUGGCAAAACUCGCAAGAUGAAGGCCGUGAUCUGCAACGGCGCCGGUGGCGCUACGGGCGUUGACUCCAACAAGGACGGAGAGGCGUGUAAUGGUCUCAUUACGAAGUUGACGACAUCGGACUGUCAGGCUCUGGUUGAUCCCAAAUCCAAAGUCGAAUGCGUACAGACCGGUUAGAUUCAGAAAUGAUAC